GGCGCGGAGUGCGGCGGUGGGUCGCGCGGGUGUGGGAAUCGGCGUGCGGGGAGUGCGGUACUAUCGCCGUCCUGCUCCCGCGUGCGCGACCGACCUCCUUGCGCCUUGGAUGCGCGGCCCGCAAGGUCGGCCACCUUAAUUAAUAAACUCACCGUAAAGUAUUUGAGGCCGAUCAGAACUACAAUCUUACUCGGGCCUUUGUCUAGUUAUUGACCCGUUCAACCGAAGGUUUUUUUUUCUCAUUUGACUAUAUGCCACUUCUUAUAAUUACCGAUGCUUUUCUUUUUUUUUUUAAUAUACGUACAACAAUAACUCUACUGUAUUUACAUUUUACAGAUAAGAGCCUGUGAUAAUAUUCGGAGUCACAUAAAAUACUUUUUAAAAGGUAUAAAAUAACCAUAACAGCGUCAUAAGGUAUGCAAAUGGUCUAUCACAUAAUAAUGAACGUCAACAGUGAAAUUAAAAGGAAACUGCUAUGUACAAAAUGGUCAACACUAAAAAAGAUAUGCUGUAUAAUCCUAAGGAAUGGGACAAAAAGGACUUGCUAUUAGUUAAACUUGUACAACGUUCAAGAAUGUUAUAUGAUUCCGGAAAAAAUAAAGCAUAUUAUUGGAGUUAUUUUUCACGAAAUCUGGGAUUAAGUCCUAAUGAAUGUCAGAGGCGUUGGAAUUUAAUAUUAAAAUCUUACAAAAGUAUAAAAUUAGCGAAUUCUCAAGGAGGAAAUAUAGUUUCGCCUCUAUUAGAUGGAAAUCUGGAGUUUUUGGAUGAACUAUUGCUUUGGGAAACAAGUUCUCAAAUUGAUCUUACUAAUGAAAACGUAAGCGAAAAAGAAGAAACUAAUUACAUAGUUACAUUGGAUAUGAUUGAAAAUAUAUUGAAUCAAAGGGAUGACUGUAACUUUAAUAUAGAUCCAGAUGAUAUUGAAAUGAAAAAUAUAUUCAAUAUGGUCAAUAACAGAAUAAUGGAAGCGUUAAAUGUAUCUAAAAGUUCUACGACUACAAAUGCAGUAACAGAUGAUGAAAUACAAUUACCAAAGAUCACUUUGUUCAGAAGUAACAAUUUAAUGCCUUGUGCAGAAUCGAAUGCUUUUAAUACUGGCAUGAAUUUAUUAAACGAUGCCACGGAUAGUUCAGCACUGGCACUAUUAAACGAUGGUUCAAAAAGAAUUAUUGACACUCCAGACCAGGCAGACGCAUGUUUAGAAGAAUCUGAUUUAAAACCUAUGCAAGCAAUAUGCAUUAAAAGCGCAACGCCCUCCAUAAACAUAGGACAAUUAAAACCAAACUACAAAGUUAAUAUGAACAGAAGACAAGAUGCACUGUUACUUCAUAAUUGCAAUAAUUGUAAAACUCCUGAGUUCUUUAAGCAACUAGGGUCUUAUUUAGUAAACAAUAUUUCUGAAGAAAAGCAAAUGGAAUUACGGCUAAAAAUUUGUUCCUUGGUAACUGCAGAAUUAGAACAAUAGAAUUAUUGUUAUGUACACUUAUUAAAAAGCUUUUAAAGUUAUUUUAUUUCAUGGUUAUUUUGGUUUCUGUUUUAUGCUGUCUACUACUAUUGUCAUUUUGUAAUAAAAACAAUUUUGUGUUUAUUAAAAUUUAAUUCAAAACUA